GGCGUCAGAGAUAUUCAUUUGAAAUCUCAUAGUUCAGAGCGUUUCAUCGCAAGAGUUCCGGCKGAUCCCCCUUCGUUGCUACUAUUUUCCAAUCAAACCAUUUUGCAGAGCAACAGAAGAACAAACAAUUACCAACCAUCCUUUUGCAUCACACAGAAGAAAUAUACAUAAAACCAUGGAUUCUGCCUUUUCGUACCUUCAAGGUUUGGUCGACGCCUUCGAAGAUGUUGGAGGAAACGAACAAAGAACAAAAAGGCGUUCGGCUUGUGUUCACCAAUCAACAGCUUUGCCGACGUGUUCUGUGAAUGCAAUCAAUUGCAACACACAAGUUCCAAAUACCCAUAGUGAUAUCGAGGAGCAGGGAUCUUCCAUCCACGAGAAGAGGGAUAAAAGAGAGGAAAAGUUAUCGACCAAAAGAAGUAGGGAUGGCAGCAACAAUAUCGACUUAUCCGAGUCGACAAGAACGCCGACGCCGUCCAAGAAUCCAUCUUUUGCAGGCCUCGUCAAAUCAAAAAGCCUAGAAAUUGCCAGCCGAAUGUCUCUCUUUCAAUCCUUUUCUGACAAUGAUCCAUACGACAUUAAAAAAUCGGGCAGCUCUGUCAGCAAGACCACGGCCGAUAGCAACAGCGACGAGUCUGGUUUUGAAUGGGCUCAAUCACUGUCGUCGAACAGCGAUAACUCUUUUGAUAACAAUCAUGGAUUUGUCAUCGAUGAUGCACUUACAAAAACUAGUCACAAACGAAACAAAAAGCAGCGAGGAAGAGGCCGCAGCGGACGACACAUCGAACUGUGGUCGCACGGGAUCAUCUGGACGUGCAUGGCAAUAUCUUUUGGCUGGUGUGGCCUAGCUUUCUCUUAYGUAUCCCGAAAAAGCAUAAAUUUUGUGGUAUUAAACGAUCCCAUGUACCUCGAUCCUCGGUACGAAAAAAUUGAAUCCUUCGGAAUGAUCCAAAUCGAAUUGUGUUACAAUACAACACAUUUGGACAUUCUUGAGGAGUUGAAUGACGAGCCCAAUCCUCGACCAAAAGAUGAACCACGAGACCUCAGCGCUGAAGCUUUGCUUUACGAACCCGAGAAUAUGAUCGAUGYACACRAUGUUGCUGCUCACGAAUACGAUGAAUCGGAAAUCGAUGGGGAAUCCAAUACUCCGUGUAUCGUUCACCGAUUGACGUCCGACGAUGUACGCGACGACACCCUAUACGUAAUUUCCCAAGCGGCUGCAUUUUUGUCUAUGGUGCUCGGUGGGUUUGUUACGGUUUGUUUAACGGGKUCAGUCUUCUGGAAGUCCAUCAAUCUACGCCCCAUCGGAGCCGGAUAUCUUGUGGCGUACUUUUUGCAGAGUUUUACCUUCUUGAUCUUUGAUUCCGAUAUUUGUAGCUCUCAAAACGGUUGCKUCAUGAGCCGGGGAGGAGUUCUUUCGGCUGUUKCCAGUGUCUGCUGGAUCAUAUCCUGUGCAGCAUCGGCGCGCAUGGAAACUCGGAARCUCAAAAACGAAGCUCAACAACGACGAGAUUUGAAUCAAGUAGAGGAAAAGGACGAGGACGAGGACUUCGAGUUAAUGUAUCAAGAGCACAUGUUGAUCAUGAACAAAAUUCAAGAAGACAAUCGCAACAAAAACGCUUCACGCAUCGAGRGCCCCAGAGCGAAAAACGAWAAGCGACAAAAGAAAAAGGAACCGGGUCAACAAACUCGGUUUUCUUUGGGAAAACCGGAAGCUUUGUCUUCUCGCGAUCGUGGUAGAACCGAAGAGACCGCAAUUAUUUCGGACGACGAUAACGAUGGCCGUUCUGCAAUGGUCUCAAACGAAUUUCAGAAAUCCGAUGUGGAUCGGCUAACGACAACAAUUUCUCCGUCUCGGUCAGUCCCGGUACYUCCGCCCCCUCCACCUUCCGAGUUGCCGAGGCGUCCACGAAAGUCGAAGAAGAAACGACCGAAAGACAAKUCGGACAAUGAAAACCMAUCUCCUCGAAAACAACAAGAUCACCGCRGACGCUACCUUCAACAAGAAAAUGGUUCGAGAACCAGCAGCCGUAAAUCGAAUCGACCAUUGGAUGUCACAGCGAACGAUGAUUUGGACCGCGCAUACAACGACUCGGUCGAUGCUAAAUCGGMAUCGAUCCAGAAACAAGACUUUCUCGCAAAUGCUGAUGGCUUGGAACCACCAUCAUCUGGCAACCCCAAAGCCAAUGAUUGGAUWAGCUUUAAGGACGGAAAAYCMAAUACUCCACCACAAAAGRCCAUCGCAAAAGAUGAGAUCGAGAAGCGGAGGCACCCGCGACAGCAACAUCGUUCGUCAAGGAAUCGACCACGUGCAAAGAAAGAACCUUCUACCACGAGUCACGACGACAACAAAACUAGAAGUAAACGGGGCUCGAGUCRCAAGUCGUUCAACGAAGACAAGCACUACGAGCUAUAACGUGAUGAAAUUCGACGCAAUGCACAAAGUACACAGCACAGAAAUAGAGCAACAUAAUCCAU